AUGGCCGACAAAAACAACGAAAAGGUAGUAACUACCAGUAUACCUUCAACACCAUCAAAUGAAAUCCAAGCAGACACAUACAAUGCCGAACUCGAAAAGCGAGUCAUGCGGAAGAUCGACUUCUGGCUCGUUGGUUUCUACUCGGUAGUCUACAUAUUCCGAGUAAUAGACUCAAGCAAUUAUUCCAAUGCGGCGAUCAUCAAUCUCGAAAAUGGAACAGGAAUCAAACAAGAGCUCGGAUUCAGCCCCUCAGAAUGGUCAUGGACACAAUCGAUUUUCUCAUACAGCUACCUGUUUUUCGAGCCCACGAAUACCAUUCUCUUGAAAGGAUUCACACCAUCAAGAUGGAUGUUCAUCUUGAUUCUUUCAUGGGGAAUCUGCGCCUGUGCAGCUGGCGCGGCUCAAAAUUUCUCGGGAAUGAUGUGCGUGCGCUUCGCUAUCGGUUUGGCUGAAGCGGGCUUUUACCCUGCCGUGCUCUACCACAUGGCUUUUUGGUAUAAACCUGCGGAAAUGCGAUGGCGGAUCGCAUUGUUUUAUUCCCUUGGCCAGGUGUCUGGUGCAUUGAGUGGGUUGCUGGCGUACGCGAUCAGCUACAUGGAUGGAGCGGGCGGACUUUCGGGCUGGAGAUGGCUGUUCAUCUUGGAAGGUCUGCCGGCUAUUUUACUGUCCGUUGUGGCCUUACUUGGGUUACCUGAUUAUCCCGAGACGGCGCGAAUGUUGACAGAAGAGGAGAGAGAGUUUUUGAAAGGGAGGCUCUCUGACGCUUCUCCUUCUGGUAAGGAUAAGAGCUGGGAUUGGAGUGGGUUUAAGGCGUUGCUGAAGAGUCCGACACUUUACACGUUCUCGAUUUACUGGAUUGGACACGGUAUUGGAGGGUUUGGUGUGAAUUAUGCUUUGCCGACAGUGAUCUACGAGCUGGGCUUUACUACGACAGCCCUGUCGCAGUUGAUGAAUAUUCCCCCAUACGUUGCGUGCUUUUUCUUUCUGAAUAUCCUGGGGUAUCUUCUCCACAAAGGUUGGAUUAGACCAUGGACCACUGCAGUCGCGAUUGAAAGCACAACCAUCAUCUGCUAUAUUAUUUUGAUCACGGUGAAAAAUUCAGUCGUCAAAUACCUCGCCCUGGUGGUAGCCACAGCCUGUGCCGGUUCUGCAUAUCCAGUCAUCUGGCCUGAACGUAUCCGCGCGCUAGAAGGCACGGUCGCUGUGGGAAUCGGAAUCGGAUACACAAAUGCUUUGGCGCAGUUCAGUGGAAUUGCUGGCCCUCACAUCUACAGCACGGUGUUUGGUCCAACAUAUCAUGUCUCAUACGUCAUUUGCCUGUGCUUCCUCUGCGCGGCCAUCUCAGGUGUCUUAAGCUCCUGGUUGCUUGUUUGGAGGAAUGACCGAAAGAAUGAGGCCGUCACAACCGAACAUGCAUGA